UUGCGUCUGCUGACGUAUAAUAAAGUCACCGGCCUGCGAAGAUUUUCGGGUCAGUGCGGAGGCUUUUGCAGGACGGGUUGUUAUCAUGGCCCUGAGGACGAUUCGGCUGCUCAUACCUUCGGGAGCAGCUGCAUUUAAAACAGUCGCUACCGUCCAUAAGGCCAGUGUUCAUACGGGCUCAGUGAGAAGCCUGCGGUAUGGCUGGUGGGCCUACGCUCUGGGGGAGAGGACGACACCACGGUUAAAGCAGUAUAGCAAAAUCAUCUCUGUGGAUGGCAACUUGGCCUCAGGGAAAGGAGCGCUGGCCCAGAAACUGGCUGACAAACUGGGGAUGCUGUACAUGCCUGAGCCUGACACUUUCUACUUGGACAAGAUGACCGGGGAGAAGGAGCCACUCCCUGUUGACUUUAAUGGGAUGUGCAGCCUGGAAAAGUUCUACACAGAUCCCAAAGCUGCAGACGGAAACAGCUAUAGGCUGCAGCUAUGGAUGUACAACAUGAGGCUGCUGCAGUACUCCGAUGCCAUCGAACACCUGCUCACCACAGGCCAAGGAGUGAUCCUGGAGCGUUCCCCCUUCAGUGACGUGGUCUUCCUGGAGGCCAUGUUCAAACAGGGCUACAUCAGGAAGGAGUGUGUGCAGCACUACAAUGAGAUCAAAAACAUCAGCAUCUGUGAGUUCCUGCCUCCACACCUCGUCAUCUACGUCGACCUGCCAGCUGAGGAGGUGCAGAAGAAGCUGAAGCAGAGCGGCAAGUCCUACCUGCAGAAUGUGCCUCUGCCAUAUCUGAAGAAUAUUGAGGAUUGCUACAAGAAGGAUUUUCUGCCCCAAAUUAGUGAAACAUCAGAACUGCUGGCUUAUGAUGCAACCCAGGCUCAGGAUGUUGAAAGGGUUGCAGAGGACAUUGAAUAUUUGAGGUUUGCAAAGGGCCCGUGGGUGAAGCAGGAUGAUGUCAGCUACCACCACAUGAGGAUGCUUGUUGAAGACAAACAGAGGGUGGCAGUGCUGACCCACAUACCCAAGUUCCUGCCAGAGAUAACCAUCGGGGCCCACGACUAUGAUCAAAUAUACUAUGCCUAUAAAUCGAUCCCUGGGAAGAAGUAUGCUCAUGGAUAUAAUGCAGAGGUUGGAGACAAAUACAUCUGGCUGAAGUGAAUUUUCAUUAAUUGCACCCUGAUUAGCUGAUCAGCUCUGUGAUCAGCUCAGUUGUUGUCUAUUGUACAUCCCAGAAAUAUGUAUUAAAAGAAUUGAUUUUGACUCUGAA